CAGCGCAUUGAUCUUUAGAAGCACGUUUUACCACCGAAGAAGAGCAGACCGGAACAUGACCGAAUGAUUGUUUAUGUUUUACAUGCACCUGUAACGUUACACUAAGAGGGAAAGUCUGGUCUGCUGCGUAACUUGGAUUUGGAUAUAAGGGUCUUUUAGGCCUUGGAGAAGCAUGUAAAACGCACUUUGUGGUGAGAGGUAUUCAAAUCAUUGUUUGGUUCGUCAUUCCCUUUCUGUGACAUCUUGAGCAUACCAGACAGACAGCCAAAAUCAAACCUUCAACAUGUCGUAUCGACGUGGCCCAAAAUCAAUUAGAGAGGCGUAUGAAGAGCACUUCUCAGGAAUGGACACAAGAGAGGUGACAGUUCAUCGAGUUGUCAAUAUUGUUGAAAAGAGGAGUUCUAUGCCUCGGCCGGGGUUGGAGUUUGACAGAGGCUUUAAUGAUGACCAAUGGUAUGGCGGUCCUCAAAAUUACCAGGACGCAAGAGAAUGUCACGGGGAAGGCAGUUACCCACACAGUGAUCGUCGAUACUUUGAUGAAAACCCCAACUUUGGCAGUUUUCGCAGAAAUUCCUCGCCCCCACGUAAUGAGGCAUCGUAUUCACAGCUGCGUUAUAACAGAGACGAUUUGAGGCACCAGUUAGGCUCAAGGCACAGUGGCAGAGCUGGACCUUAUUACCAAAAAAGAGGUCGAGGGUUAGCCCCUUCUCAAAGAGAAAACAGGCACUCCCAGUCUGGAAUAAAUGUACGGGAUCGCUCUCCUACAAGGAGAGACGCCCAGCCACCUGUACUUGUCCGCUCCGGGUCAAACAGUAGCAACAGGAGCUUCUCCCCCGACAGAGACAAAAGCUACACCUAUCAGCAGAACCAACAGAGGAAUAAGCCAAAUGUGAUGACAAGCCACACUCCCAGCAGCUCUGCAGAGGGGUCUCCUCACAGCUCAGGAUCUUCAAAGGAAAAACCUCCUGGAUCUGCAGCGGAGACGGAGGACGCGGUAGCUGCCAGCAUGGAGCCAAAGCCGACACCAGAGAAAGACUUAAAGGCUCGCCGGUUGGAAGCCAUUCAGGCUAAGGCUCUGGAAAUUGAGAAGCAUUACAGACAGGAUUGUGAGACAUUUCGCACAGUGGUGAAGAUGUUGGUGGCUAAGGAACCCAGUUUGGAUAAUCUACUACAAGCUUCACUGGAUGAAAACCUGUUGGAGAUCAAACAGCGCUGCCUAGAUGCCCUCAGGCACUUUGUGAAGGAGCUGGACGAGGUAUUAGAGCAGCCGGACACCUUAGCGCAAGCCAAAGGUGAAAAACCACUCAAGUGACAACAUGGAGUCUUAAAAUCUUAUUUUUGGAGGAAGUAGAAAAAUGUCCCAGGAGAUUGACAAGCUUAACUAUUUAUAUAAUUUUUUUUUUACUUUUAUUCAUGCAUUAUUCAUUAUGUUUUUCCGUCAACUUAUAGGAACAGUGAUAUUUUUAUUUUUUAAAAUGGAUUCAUAUGUUUUAGAAACAAAAGACAAUAUCUCUGGUGGUGGCGCUUUUCCACUUGCAAACAUAAACAAGAUUUAAGACUCAAAGCUAGAUUAAUAAUUGUUAAAAUGAAUAUGUUGUUACUGAAAUACCCAUAGUAUUCAAAGGGGAUCUGUGGAGUGAAAUGCACAAGGUAAAAACUAUGAACGCCUGAAUAGUUCAAGUUUGACACUUUAGAUGGGUUUUUACUACGAGCUACAUUAAGGACAAACUGUUAAAUAUUACAUUCAGUUGAUUACAGACUACAUCUGAGAUGGAAAUAAGUGAAAUGUUUGAUCAUUUACUCAGCUAGAAGCUUGGUCUUACUGUUCAAUCCCACCAAUUAAGAGCACUAGCAGAAUGAAUGAGUCAAAUAUUGAAAUGUUCCAAUCAUAACCUUUUUCUCAGUCUUCAUUGAUAAGUGGAGACUUGUGCUAAACUCUGUGGAAGCGGCAAGUGCAACUAACAUUGACUGUAAUGCAAGUAUUCUGGGACCAGCAUAAAAGAGUCCAGCUCUACAUUGUGUUUUUCAGUGCAGCACUAUUUUAUACAAAAACAGAUUAAUUUUUAUUUUAUUUUUUUUAAAUUUUCAGUUGAAACAAAACUGUUUUUAUCUUUUAGAUUUUUGGGUUAACUUUUGGAAUAAAAGUUGAUGCCUUGAA